AACAUGUAACACUCCACAUACCUUAGUGAAUGAUUUAAGAAUUAGUGUCCUUUAGUUUAUAGUUUUGGGGACUAAAUUGAUUGGAUUUAAAGUUUGGGGGCUUUAAGUAAAAUUAAGUAGAAGUUGAAUGACCAUAACUCAAUUAUCCCAAUUUUACUUACCACAUGGCAUUUUCCCAACCAAGUUUUUUUGUCUUGUCGGUGGAAGCUUGGAUAAGCCUCCAGAAGCCUCCCAAAAGCCUCAUUUUGCUUUCUCAUGCCUUCCUCUUCCACCCACGUCAUUUUCUUUCUCCUUUCUCCACCAAGGUUAAGGUGCUUUUGUUAGAUAAGAAAUUACGAAAUCCUGUUCAUGAUUACUAUUCAUGAUUACUGUUUAAAAUUACUGUUCAUAAUUACUGUUCACGCAUUAUGCUUUGAUCUCUUUUAAUGGGAAAUCCUAAUAUUAUUUUGGACAUAUUAUGAAUUUGUUUGACAUGUAUAUGUGUUUGUGGCUAUGGAGUAAGUGGACCUAAACUUAAAGCUUGGGGUAUUUAGUGGACCCUUCGGGGUAUUCAGUGGACCUCUGCGCAGUAGGAUUAGUACUGUGAUUAGCUUCGGUACAGUGUUGCUAGCACACCUCAGUGGACUCCAUAGCAUUGUGUGAUUUUUGAUUUUAUGCAUUGCGCUUGUGACAUCGUAUUUGUGAGCAUAUGAUUUUAGUAUAUGAAUUUAAUUUAAAUGUCAUUGAUUAUUACUUGACAUUUGUGCUCAUGAUUUGAGAUAUUAAAUCAUUAUUUAAAUAGUGAGAAUUAUAAUAUUAUGUGAUUUGAUUCCGUUGUGUCUUAUGCUUUUUGUGUGGAUAGGUCUAAGGGUCUUAGGACCCAAGUUUAUAGCUUAAUCUUAUUACUUACUGGGCUGUGAGCUCAUAAAAUCCCCCCCAUUUCAGAUCAGUAGAUCGAGGUAGCAACCUCUUGGUUUAGGAGCUUUUGCCACGGGACUUGCAUGCUUGUUGUAUGUACCAGCUAGGGUCUCGUAUUUUCGAUAGGGAGGCAGAUCGAUGUAUUACCAAAACCAUGACUUAGCUUUUGUUUUUUUGAAAAGCUUUGAAGAAGAGUUUACCUCGUAUAAUUUUUGUGUAAAUUACCUUUAUGUAUAAAAUUUUUAAAUUAAU